AUGGGAAUGCAGCUAAGAUCGCGAGCUUUCGCUUCCUUCGGGCUGCUGACGCUGCUGCUGGGGCUGACCUUCGCGCAGGAUGGCUCGUCGUCGUCACGACCGCUGAAUGACGGAUCGUUUAAGUUCGGCGCCAGGACGAGCUUUUCCUGCACGGGUCGAGCGGCAGGAUACUACGCGGACGUGGAAACCGGCUGCCAGAUCUACCACAUGUGCGAUGGGUUGGGUCGGCAGUUCAGCUACGCUUGUCCCAACACGACAUUGUUCCAACAACGCAUGCUCAUCUGCGAUCACUGGUACAUGGUGAACUGCUCCAAGGCAGAAAGCAACUACGCGGCUAAUCUGCUGAUCGGUCAGCGAGAUAAGCCAUUCGUACCGGAAGAGGAAAAUGAGAUCCGCACGCCACGACCCGAUCUUCUCGACCGACCAGACGCCCUGGACUUCGGUGCACCGUCACUGAAGAACUUCUUCAAGGCGAGUGCGGCUGCUCCUCAGAACGCGCUCUUCGACAAUCAGGCGCGUUCUCGAACGCCAUCAUCCGGUCAUGUGGUUCCUGGCAAAGGACAAAACGAGAAACGAACGACCACCAGCCCUGUUAGCUCGAAUGCGGAGAUCUUCCAGGAAAGUGCAAGCAAUCAUGGUCUACCGAUUCACUGGGGCACGCGAUUUGCUGCCGAAAAUCGCACCAUAACGUUAAACGGAACACCACCUCGAGAGGAAUCUGGUGUCAAGACUAAACGAAAUGAAGACGGAAGCAGUGAGAACCGACGAACCGGUGUGAUUGUGACCACGAGCGAACGCCCAACGGUGACGGUGACAGUGAAGGUUCCGUCACGGCGCUACGAGCCUCCAUUUACACCGACCGAACAGGAACGUCGCACAUCAGCGGAACAUCCAGCUUCAACGGCCGAUUCCAACCUAAAUACGAUCCCAACAACUGCAGCAGCCAUCACCACCACGACGAGGAAACCAACUACGACCUCCGUUAGACCGAGGAUCCCGAGUACUUUGAAUGUUCCCACGACAACUACGACCACCACGACGACAGUGAAGCCCGCAAUUCGCCCUUCAAAGCAACCGCCUCCAACAGCGCAGGAGCCACCUCGACGUGCUCAACCGGCUCAAUUCCAGCCACCGGCACUUGCUGACCCACGGCAGUCCAUCCUGCCACCGAAGGCGAUCCUCUUCCAAGCCCCGGCAGCCACCGCAGGUCUGUUCGAGAACCGAUUCGCAUCCCAACGCCCACAACCAGCCCCAACGGGUGUGUCAGUGCCCUCGCGAGAUCUUCUGCCACCCUUCGAGAAUCUGGCCAACUUCGAUCAGAUCAAGACGCGCUACACGAGCGAAUCUAUCUACACGCGUCAGCCUAUCACGAACGAGCCUUCUGCGGGUCCGGUGAAAACGGCCAUCGACCGACUAGGUGUAGUGGAUCCGUUGCCGGCUUCGAGACCAUCAUCUGAUAACAAACCGAGGCCUUUCAGUGUACCGAAGCCUUCUGGCGAGCUGGAGCCACCACGCAAGGACUACGUCUUCUAUGACGACGCGACCACGCAAGGACCUCCGAUCUACUACCAGUGGAAGUGGUCCGUGCCGUCUUUCGGCUUAGAACCACCGGGUGUCGAGGCUUCGGCCGGUGCACCUGGGCUCGGUGACGCAUUGUUGCCACCUGCACCUCCAGCUGAAAGGAAAUCCGAUGAUGGUGCCGUAGAACAGCUGGUCGCACAGUUGAGCCCGGGAUCACCUGAACACGAAGCGCACGAUGGUGGUCAAGGGCGUGAGCACAAUCAAACGGCUCGUUCGAUCUCUUCCGAGACGGGGAACGCGGGCGAGAACCGGGUGGAGGUGGAACCGAAGCAGGUGGUAGCACUACCCCAGCACAACUACCUCCAACUGCGCCAGCAGUUUGCCAUUCCGGACUUUACGUUUCCGCUGGAUGGUGCGGCCAAAGCGACCCAGUAUGGAGGUGCUGACGCCGUCGACUCCUUCCAGGUGCGCAUUCCGAGUGAUGCGUCUGCACGUGGAUCUUCUCCGGCCAGGACGUGGUAUGGUGAAAACGCUCGGUGUCCUGACUGCCAUCCUGGAUUCCUACGACCGGGCAGUUGCGAACCGUGCGUGAAGGUGCGCCGAUGAGCCCAAGAUCCGGCCCAUGAUAUUCCGGUGCGUGGAUCCACCGUGUGCCGCUGUAAAUACACACACACACACACACACACACUCACAUCCUUUUCGUUUUAAAGAGUAUCGCUUAUCCCUGGUUGUCGAUUUCAUGUACGGCAAGGCGAGUAUAUUUUAAUA